AUGAGCAUACCUCACAGUACGAAACAGAGUAGCCCUCUUUCAAGUCGGCACCGUUCAGUAACAAAUACCACUCCACUGUUAACCCCAAGACAUAGCCGUGAUAACUCGAAUACCCAAACCUCAAGCGCCAAGAAUAUCACCUCCAGCAGUCCAUCAACUAUAAUGAAUGAAAGCUCCAAAAGAAAUAAACAAAACCUGGUGCUUUCGACCUCAUUUAUCUCUACCAAGAAGCUAGAAAAUAGUGCACCUUCACCGACCAGUCCCCUAUUGGCAAGACGAACGAGAAGCACAAUGACUAAAACACUUUUAAAUCUGAAAUCCGAAAUAAACAAUCAAUACCAAGAACUGGCUCGAUUGCGCAAGAAGAAAGACGAUAUCGAACAUCUUCGGGAUUCUACAAUAUCUGAUAUCUACUCUGGAUCUUACUCUACAAAUCAUUUACAAAAACACUCAAUGAGAAUUAGAGCCAAUACGCAGCUUAGAGAAAUUGACAACUCGAUAAAAAGAGUUGAGCGGCAUAUUUUCGACCUUAAACAACAAUUUGAUAAGAAAAGACAAAGGUCACUCACAGCAUCCAGUUCAAUAAAGGCUGACGUAGGAAGCAUCAGAAACGAUGAUCGCCAAAAUAACGAUAGUGAAGAAUUGGACGACCACAACAGUCUGACAGAUCAAGUUACCCUUGAUGACGACUAUCUCACGACUCCCACUUCAGGAACUGAACGUAACAGCCAACAGAACUUAAAUCGCAAUAGCACCGUCAACUCACGGAAUAACGAAAAUACUUCUACACUUUCCACUCCAGAUUUAGAUAAUUCUAAUAAAGUACAGUUAACGGAUGAUACUGAAAAAGACCAUGGCGUUCUUGAAAACGAAAAUCAAAUCUUCACAUCCACAACAACUGAAGCAGCCACAUGGCUUGUAAGCGAUUAUAUGCAAAGUUUUCAAGAAAAGAAUGUCAACCCUGAUUUUAUUGCCCAAAAAGCAAAUGGCCUUGUCACUUUGUUGAAAGAACAUUCGGAGAUAAGAAAAGAUCUAGUCCUAACUUCAUUUAUGUCAUCAAUUCAAAAUCUACUCCUUAAUGGAAGCAAACUUAUUGCAGCAUCUGCUUACAGAGUAUGUCGCUACUUAAUCAAUAGUUCGAGCUUCAUUGACGAGUUGUUAGAGCUAAGGUUGGAUGCAUUUAUAAUAAUUUCCCUUGCGAAGGACAAUUCUUAUCAAAUAGAAAGGGAACAAGCCUUGAAAAUAGUACGAAGAUUCAUUGAAUAUAGCAAUGGCGUUACACAAGGAGUUAUGCAAGCUAUAAUAAGCUGUGUUGAAAAACCUGAAGACUCCUUAAGGCACAUGGCAUUGGAAACUCUGUUGGAGCUUUGUUUUGUCGCCCCAAAAAUGGUUAAAGAAUGCCGUGGUAUGAGAGUAAUCGAGGGAUUUUUACAAGAUUAUACUUCUUUUCCACUCGCGUCGGUAAUACUUGACACUAUUUUACAAUUAAUGGCUACCAACAAGACAAGGCAGUAUUUCCUGGAAGAUUUCAAUGUAUCUGUGUUAACCACGGUCUUUUCCGAUACAAAUACAAAAUCAACCGUUAAUGUGGAAAAAAUGCAAAACGCUUCUACACUUAUCUCAAUAACUUUGAACAGCUACAAUGGCUUUAUGCUUUUUUCCAACAACAAUUUCAAACCGCUCAAACAAUUGGUAUCAUUCUUUCAAAUUCCGAUAUGCGCCCAAUACCUCAUUGAUAUCUUUCUUGAUGUUUUGAAAAUCAAACCACUACCAUACAAGCCAAGGGGCAGACAUUCUCAUUCUUUCAAACCAAUCCCAUCUCAGUAUUACAAAGAAUGUAUGUCCGUGAAUCAAAGGUUAGCGUUAAUCGUGCUAAUUCUAGAGAACUCAGAAUUUGUACCCCAUCUCCUUCAGCUUUUGAGCGAAGAGGAUAGAGAUGACCAUCUGGUGGCAAAGGGCAGAUAUCUUCUUACUGAAUAUUUCAAUUUAAGGAUGAAUUUAGUCGACAACAAGUAUACUUCAGUAUCAAAACCAAUUUCCAAGGAAAACUUCACUUACGUGAACGAAACAUUCCAGUUCAAGAAAAUUGCUUAUAGAAUGAAUAGAAAUAGAAAUACAAUAGGCAUGUCAGGCAUUGAUUAUGCUCAAAAUAUAAAAUCGUUUUCCAAAAAUAUCAAAGAGAAUACUCUUCUUCGUGAAGUGGAUGAUUUCCGAUUUAGAAGAAUGGUUUAUGACUCUAAAGUUUUACAAACAAAAGAUUUUACGCGGUGGAAUUGGAACAUAAUUAACGAAUUACUUGAAGGACCGUUACUAAAUAAAAAGCAACUGGAAGAAUUGGUUAAAUCAACUAAGUUCAUUAGAAGAUUAUUAGUGUUUUACAGACCACUUAGAUUGAGAUUUUCCAAUGUCAAUAAAGGUGCAAAGUUAUCUCAAAAGUACGUGCAAGUUGGAUGCCAGUUUUUCAAAACACUCACGGCAACCCCGGAAGGAAUGAAAAUUCUUAUGGAUGAUACUAAAAUUAUACCGCAACUGGCAUCUUUAAUGUUUAGAGCAAUGGAGGGAAAUAUAUCAGGUAACAUCUUCAACAAGAAUAAACUACGAGAAAAAAUAAUAUUUGGCUACUUCAAAUUCAUUGGAAUAUUGACGCAAUCAAAGAAUGGAGUUCAUAUCCUGACAAGGUGGAAUUUCUUCACCGUUAUAUAUAAGAUGUUUCAAUUUGAAUCGAAACUGGGGCUUGAAUUUUUAUUAUUAACAAUACCGGAAUUAGAUUUGAAAUAUUCGUCACAUUGCCGAGUCAUUAUUGGCAAGGCCCUUGUUGUCGCCAAUGAGAAAGUUAGGAUUGAAGCCACAAAGCAUAUAGGCGAUAAAUUAAAGGAACUGUUGUCCACGAAAGAAAGUGAUCUUAAGCUGAAAGCGAAUAAAACCAAACUACAGCAAUUCAAAAUGGAAAUGCUAACGAGACAAUUAUACGAUUUGAGCCCCAGCGUAGUCGCUGUGGCGGAUCAAGCUUUAUAUGAAUGUAUCGUUGCAGGAAAUGGCUCUGAAGAACUGGGUACCUCACUUAGGAUGUUUUUGAACCAAAUGGUAUUUAUCAGGUCUCCAAUACUUUUCGAAUUGUUGAGUCGUCCAUACGGGUUCCAGUUGCUGAACGAAAUCAAUUUUGUGAAGGAGGAAAGGGAUUCGUGGUUAUCCAAAAAAAACAUCGAAUAUGUUCAUAUUGUGGAGGAAUUUUUGAAGAAAAAUGAAUCAAUCAAUGCGAAGUCCCUCACAUUUCAACAAAAGGGUCGCCUACCAUUACAUUUUUAUGAGAGUCUAACGAAAACAGAAGACGGAAUAUUACUAUUAAGCCAAACGGGAGAUUUAGUUACUUUCAUGAACGUUAUAAAAAGAUACGUUAAUGGAAACAAAAUGGCUACAGUAGAAAAUGCUCAAGAAAUUUUGGACUUAAAAGCAGCAUUAUGGUGUGUUGGAUUUAUUGGAUCUACAGAACUGGGGAUAGGCCUAUUGGAUAACUACUCAUUGGUGGAAGAUAUUAUCGAGGUGGCCUACAAUACCAGCGUAACCAGCGUUAGGUUUACAGCAUUUUAUGUUCUGGGAUUAAUCAGCAUGACCCGCGAAGGUUGCGAAAUUCUGGACGAAAUGGGGUGGAAUUGUUGUGUCAGUGUACAAGAUGAGCCUAUCGGGAUCGCACUACCAAGUAGACUUGAUAGAUUUCUUUCGUAUAACGAACAUAAAUGGUCCGCGUUUGGCGAGUAUACAGAUGAGAUGAUUGUUUUCAAUAAAAGCGAUGGUGACCUGAUAGAAAAGAGCAUACCAAUUGAAUUUAAUUUGGACAAAUUACUCAAAGAGAAGGAUACCGCAGAAAAUCCAUUGAAUGAAAGAAUCAUCGUUAGUAAAUACGACAAUGAUAUUACAAGCCAAAGUAUUACGAUUUCGGAUGAAAAUAGUAGCCUUUUCGCAAGCGAAGGUCUCUCUUCUCCCUAUGCUACACAAUACCGCAAUGACGAUGACUCGAUCGAGAGCAAGGUACUAAAUAUAGUGAGUCAGCUAGGCAACCAUAUUCUUUCAAAUCACGCAGUAAAGGAAAUUACAGACAUAAACAAUAAAUAUGGUCCAAGGCUUUUUGAAAAUGAGAAAAUGUUCUUCAAAGUAUUUAAUAUGAUGUCAAAGUAUCGGUUCAAGCCACACGUUAGGAAGUUUCUUUGCGGACUAUUUAUUAACAAUAGGGCGCUUGAAAAUGUCAUCAGGCACGACAACAAAAGGGACAAAAGGCCGGCAAAUUUUACACGUUAG